CGGUGUUUUUGUAUUUAGUCGUAUUUAUAAGACAGUUGAUUAUCAUUUAUCAUCGACUACAAUUUAAUAUUUAGACACCGCGAAACCACUCUGUCGAAAUGUCGGUAAUCUUAAAUUAUCCAAUUACAAUAAAAAUUUUAUUUUGCAUGUUGAACGUUUUUGUUUAUACCCACGAUAUUUCAUCGGGAAGCGCCUAUGAAUCUAAUGGACUUGAUGAUGGUCAAGAAAAUGAUUACGAUAAUGACUUUCUCUAUGAGGACUACGAAACGUACCAAACAUCGAAACAUGUAUUUUACUGGCUUUACACCAGAGAUGACACUGAUGGUCAACUUUUAAAUAGAAGUGAGCCACACAUGAUCGAGUCGACGACGUAUAACGAAGAUAAUCCAAUUAAAGUUAUAAUUCACGGUUGGCUUGGCACUACACAAGAAAAAGAUGGCGUUUGUUCGUACAACGUAAAAUCGUAUUUUAAAAUGGGCGAUUACAAUGUGAUCUGCGUGGAUUGGAAACAAUAUUCGACUGACAUAUCAUACUCGGUCGCUAAGGCAAGGGCCAAACACAUAGCCAAAGAUAUUGCCAACGUGUUAACGAGGAUUACAUACAACCUGACGAUAAACUUUUAUAGUUUACACAUAAUAGGACAUAGUAUGGGAGCACACAUUGCCGGAUUCGUUGGACAAGAUUUACCUGAUGUUCCUCGGAUCACAGGAUUAGAUCCUGCAAAACCGAAGUACGAUAAAUGUGAUCCAGAAGAUAGACUAGACAAGACUGAUGCGAUAUUUGUUGAUAUAAUACAUACUAACGCUGGUCAAAACGGAUUUGACAGAUCUAUUGGUCACAUGGAUUUCUAUCCAAACGGAGGAAAAAAGCAACCUAACUGCGAAAAAGGGGAUAAAAAAUCUGGUUCGUGCAGUCACGUUUCGUCCUAUCAUUAUUACGCACACUCCAUAUGGGCCAAAGGCGAUUAUAUCGCAUAUAUAUGUUCCAGUUGGGAGGACUAUGAAGCAAACAUGUGUGACAAAGCCAACAGUACUUAUAUGGGCGAAUGGGUAGACAUGAAAGGGGAAUACGGCGAUUAUUUUUUAAAAACGGAAGUUCGAGAUUAGUAGAUCACAUAGCGUUGAACAAGUCCAUUUCUGAAAAUCUUUAAUAUUAUAAAAAUAAGUGUUAAGUAUUAAAUUUUUUUUUUUGAAUUGUAUAUUAAUGUUCAGUAUGGCUGUAUUAUACUUUCCAUAUCGAUACAUUUUAUAACAUGCGUACCUAAAUACGUUUUAAUCGACUUGCUGUGGUUGAAUAAAAUUAUUUUCAUACAACACUUA